AAUAACUUCACUUCCCCACGCGAAUCGCUCCGCCUCCUCUCCCUCCACGCGCCCGCCCACUCUCCUCCCCUGCUUCCGAGGCGCGGAUCCACCCGCUCCCCAGCCGGCGCGCCGCGGCAGCCAUCUCCGCCGCCGGCUCGGGGCUUCCCGUCCCGUCUCGCCUCCUGCCUGGCCCCCGGCUCGGCCCGAAGCGGCAGGCGGCGGCGUCGUUUGGUGCCGUGCCGGGGUCCCCCCGCCCGCAGACCGAGAUUCGGCUGCGAAAGGAAGGUGAUAAGGCGGGGCGCCCGAGAAUCGGCAAUAACUGCUGGGUUGCCGCUGGUGGGCGCUCAAUCCCGCGUCGGGCUGGGAUUCACACUGAUUUCUUGCCGAUUCGGGGCAGGCGCGCGGGAGCUCGCGUCUAUAUUGCUCGCAUUGGCGGCGCGCGGGGUGGCGUCUGGGCCUCCGCCUCUGCGCCUCAGCGGGUGGGAGAAGCUCUGUGCCAGCGCGGCGCUGGUGGUGCAUUGAGUGGAGGCGAGGCGAUCCCCACCGCUCUCGGUGGAUUAUUGACGUGCGCGGGUGGAGAUGCCUCGUGGCGCGGAGUCCCUCUGACCGUGGGGGGGCUCGCUCGAUGGUCUGCAAGGCGGCGAUGGGGAUCAAGGCGGCGGCGAAGCUCAGGUGGCCGCCCUCGGUGGCCGCCGCGGCGCGGUCGCGCCUGACGCCGUGGAUGCUGCGCGCCACCACGACGGUGCUGCUCUGGACCUGCGUCGUGCAGCUCACCGCCGUGGGGAACACCUGGGGGCCCCGCGUGCUCAAGGGGUGGCCGUCCUGCCGGACGGCGCGGGAGGCGGCCGCUGCCGCCGCGGCCACCACCACGCGGCUCGCGAUGCCGGAGCCCGUCGUCGAGAAGGCCGCGCUGCCGCCCAAGAGAAUUUACAGAAACAAUGGUUAUUUGAUGGUUUCAUGCAAUGGUGGGCUUAACCAAAUGCGAGCCGCUAUAUGUGAUAUGGUUGUAAUUGCAAGAUAUUUGAAUGUGACUUUGAUAGUCCCCGAGUUGGAUAAGACAUCGUUCUGGAAUGACCCGAGCGAAUUUCAGGAUAUAUUUGAUAUUGAACAUUUUAUAACCUCUCUUAGAGAUGAGGUUCGUAUACUUAGAGAAUUGCCACCAAGAAUAAAGAGAAGAGUGGAAUUAGGGAAAUUUCACUCGAUGCCUCCUAUCAGUUGGUCAGAUAUCUCUUACUACCAUAAGCAGAUUCUUCCUUUGAUUCGGAAGUACAAGGUCCUCCAUCUGAAUAGAACUGAUGCUAGGUUGGCAAAUAAUGGUCUGCCUCUGGAGAUCCAGAGAUUGCGUUGCCGGGUGAAUUAUGCUGCACUGAAAUUUACGCCCCAAAUUGAAGAGUUAGGCAAGAGAGUAAUUAGAAUACUCCGCCAGAAUGGCCCCUUCUUAGUUCUUCACUUACGAUAUGAGAUGGAUAUGCUUGCUUUCUCUGGCUGUACUCAAGGUUGCACUCCUAAAGAAGCUGAGGAGCUUACAAGAAUGAGGUACGCUUACCCAUGGUGGAAAGAGAAAGUAAUAAAUUCUUUUGUGAAAAGAAAAGACGGCCUUUGCCCUUUGACGCCAGAGGAGAUUGCUCUUGUCCUUAGAGCAUUGGAUAUCGACCAAAAUAUGCAAAUAUAUAUCGCAGCUGGUGAGAUAUAUGGUGGAAAGCGCAGAAUGGCUUCUCUUACCUCAGCUUACCCUAACGUGGCGAGGAAGGAGACACUUCUGGAACCUUCUGAUCUCAUGUUCUUUCAGAACCAUUCAUCACAAAUGGCAGCGCUGGACUACUUGGUAUCACUGGAAAGUGACAUCUUUGUUCCAACAUAUGAUGGCAACAUGGCUAAAGUCGUCGAGGGCCACCGCAGGUACAUGGGCUUCAAGAAAACGAUCCUGUUGGAUCGGAAACUUAUAGUUGAGCUGGUAGAUCAGUACACCAGUGGCUCUUUGCGGUGGGAUGAGUUCUCUUCAUUGAUCAAGGCUGUGCAUGCCAACCGGAUGGGAUCAGCUGCCACCAGGACAGUGAUCCCUGACAGACCGAAAGAAGAGGACUACUUCUAUGCCAACCCGCAAGAAUGCCUGCGAGAUCCCAGUCUGCUCCGAACAUCGUGAUCUUUUCAGCGCUCCUGCUGCCAUUCUUUCUGUAACUUGGCGUGGCUGAACCUAUGAUGAUCCAUUAAUCCUCGGAGCCCGUCAAAAAUAGAGAGCUAGCAUGCUGUUGGUUGCAGUUCAGAGCCAUGGAAGGUCAGCGAUUGGUUUAGAAACUAGGAAGGGUGAUUGAUACUUGAAUGUAGAUGGUACAUAGGUGAUAGGCAUAGUACUGGCACGGCGAGGCAUGGCUCUUGAUCACACCAGCAAAUGUAGAGCCAAAAAUAUCCAUGUUUAGAUGGUGUCAGUCCCAUAAGAAUGAUCUUUGUAACAAGGGAUACUAUUCGAAUGAGAAAAGAAUAGAUA